AUGGUAAAAAAGAAAGAUUUAAAUCAGAAAAAGAUAAUGAGACCACAAAAAUCUUGUAAUUCAUCUGUUGGCCGUAAUUGGAAUGAAUGUAGUACUAAAAGAAUUAAUCCAACUACUGAAUUAAAGUCAACACAUUCUGGAAGAACGGCAUUAGCUAAACAAAGAUUGAUAAGAAUGUUAAUUGUAAUUGUUGUAAUAUUUUUUUGUUGUUGGACACCUUCCUAUAUUUGGUGGCUUUUACUUAAUGCACAAGAUACAUUUCAGACUUUCAAUAUUUGGAAUUCAGAAGUAAAUACAUUUAUUACUGUCUUAACAUAUUUAUCUUCUUGCACAAAUCCAAUUACUUAUUGUUUUUUGAAUAAUAAAUUUAGAAAUGCAUUGUGUUUGACAUUUGGAUUUCGCACAGAAAUUAGUCGGGAUAGGGCUAGCCGUGUUCAGCGGACACAAACAAGUGCUGCUGGUACACCCCGUGAUGAAUUCCAUUCAUGUCUAAGCGACACAAAUAAUCAUUCUAAUGCUAGUGGAAUACCUUCUGAUGGGCCUGGCAAAAUGGAGAACGGAUUAAGGUACUUUUGGAAUAUUACUGAAUUUUCACUACAUAGACAAUGUCCAAUAAGGAAUAGGAAUAUUUUUUGA